AUGACGGGAGAAAUCAGUGAAAAAGUCUCCUCGCUGACGCUGGAGGAACUGGGGAAGAGCAAGAACCCCAUGGACUUCUAUCGACAACACAUCGCCGAGAAAUUGGCUCCCAUCAUCAACCGAGCAGCAGCCGAGAUUGUCCCCCUAAUUCAAUGGACUACGACCUUGGACAAGGGAGAUUUCAAUCUGGCGGUGCCUGCAUUGAGGGUCAAGGGCAAACCACCGCAAGAACUGGCGAAGGAGAUCGUCGAAGCAUUUCCCACGACAGAGGACACUUUCGUCAUGGUAUCCCAGGCUGGUCCGUUCGUCCAGUUUUUCGCCAAACCUCAACAUCUGAUCAACAUGACAAUCUCUGAAAUCCUAAGGAGCACGAAGGCGUAUGGCUGCAACCCUGCCCCUGGCCUCAAGGACCCAUCAGACCCGUCAAAGGGCCGAAAGAAACUCAUCGUGGAGUUCUCGUCCCCGAACAUAGCCAAAGAAUUUCACGCCGGCCACCUCCGGAGUACCAUCAUCGGUGGUUUCCUGGCCAAGCUGUAUCAACGCAUGGGUUGGGACGUCCUGAAGAUGAACUACCUGGGAGACUGGGGCAAACAGUACGGCCUGUUAGCCAACGGGUUCAAGCAAUUUGGCAGCCAAGAGGAAUUAGACAAGAACUCAAUUGCGCACCUGUUUCACGUCUACGUGGAAAUUAACAAGGUCAAACUCGCCCAGGACGAGCCCAUUAAUGAGUUGAAGAAGGAGAUCAAGGAGAAAAAAGACAAGGGCGAAGAUGUGUCAGCACUGGAAGCCAAACUUGCACCCCUUGUGGAAGCAAGCGAGGAUGAGAAGGCGCGAAAAUAUUUCAAGAGCAUGGAGGAAGGAGACCCCGAGGCAUUGGCCCUGUGGCAGAAGUUUAGGGAUAUGAGCAUCAAGAAAUACCAGAACACGUAUGCCCGGUUGAACAUUGAAUUUGAUGUGUACUCUGGGGAGUCACAGGUGAAGGCUGAGACUAUUAAGCGGGUUUUGGACAGUCUGCUGGCACAGGGGAUUGCCGAGUAUUCGGAUGGCGCAAUCUUGAUUGACUUUACCAAACAUGGUGCGAAAAAACUCAACAAAGCAAUCAUCGUGCGAAAGGACGGCACGCCGUUGUAUCUUACCCGAGACCUGGCGGCGAUUUUGGAGCGACACGACCAGUACCACUUUGACAAGAUGAUUUACGUGGUUGCGGAUCAACAGAACGAACAUCUUGCCCAACUGUUCAAGACCACCGAGAUCAGUGGGCACAAGGACGUGGCAGAGAAGUGCGAGCAUAUAUCCUUCGGCAUGGUGAAGGGCAUGAGCACCCGAAAAGGAACGGUCAAAUUCCUGGACGACAUCAUCCAGACGGUCAAAGACACCAUGCUCGAAGUGAUGAAGAAGAACGAUCAGAAGUAUUCUCAGCUGGACGAUCCCGAGGCAGUUGCCGAUGUGCUGGCCAUUACCGCCAUCAUGGUGCAGGAUUUGUCAGGCAAGGUGCGGAAUGGGUAUGAAUUCAACAUCAACCAGAUGACGGCAUUCGAGGGCGACACCGGUCCGUACUUGCAGUACGCGCACGCUCGGCUAUGUUCGAUUGAACGAAAAGCCAAUGCCGACCUGAGUAGUUUGAGCUCUGCCGACCUUUCCUUGCUGAAAGAAACCCACGCCAUCAACCUGGCUCGUUCGCUGGCACAAUAUCCGGAUGUGGUGCUGAAUACGCUCAAGACUCGAGAACCUGCCACCAUCCUCACCUAUCUGUUCAAAAUGGCGCAUGCGCUGAGCUCAAGCUACGACCAUCUACAAGUGGUUGGCAGCGAACCUGAGCUGCAGAAGGCUCGGUUGGCGUUGUAUGAGGCUGCCCGACAGGUGCUGUGGAAUGGCAUGACGCUACUGGGGUUAAGUCCGGUGGUGAGGAUGUAA